AUGGACGCGUUAAUCCAGCUUGCUCACUUGUCGGAAGAGGAUCUUAUGAGUCUAUCAGAAAAGGUGGCGGAAAAUCUUGCGAUCGCUUUCGACAGUGUUACCCACGAAGCUGCUGAGGCUAAAGAACGCCUAAAGCAGAUUGAAGAGUCGCAUAUUGAACGCCUCCAAGAGGAAUGUGCUCGUCUCCGAUCCGAUUUGGACUCAACUGGCACCAGUCUAACUACAUUUCGUGAGGCUCUUAGUAAAGAAGAAAUCAAAUGCUUAGAGCUAACGAAGGAGCGAGAUGAGCUAAAUAAAAAGCUUACCGAUUGUAUGUCUGUAUCUGGCGAACUAGAAUUAGUAAUCAAGAACCUGGAGAACGAUAAAGAAGGUUUAAACGAACUUCUAAAUAAAAAGAUAUCGGAGUGCGAACAACUCUCUGCCGAGCUGCGGGAACUUCAGGAAGAAGUCAGUUCAACUAGACGCAUAAAAUCAGAUGCACUGACGCAGCUGGAAGAAGCUAAGACGGAGAAGGCUCUUUUGGCGUCCGAGAAGUAUCUUGACCUGGAGUCCGAGUUAGCGUCUCGAAAAGUCGAACUUGAGAAAUCCCAGUCUUCUGUAGCCAAGUUAGAGGAUCUUGUCAAGCGAUUGACGGAGUCUAAUGAAGACCACAUUGAAAAGUUGAAGAUAUUGGAUGCUCAACGUCGCCUCACUGAUUUGUACAAGGACCAAGCUACUGAAGCGGAGAAAAAGUGUGAAGAAAUGCAAAAGGCCGUCGCGGAAAUGCAGGAAAUGCUCAAUCAGGGGCAUGAACACGUCAUCAAAUUGCAAAACGAAAAGGCCGCUUUUGUCGAGACGCUGGUGGCAGAGAAGGAAAAGUUGGCGUCGCAAAACGCCAUGCUCACGAACGAAUUAAAGGUUGCAAAUGAAAUCGUCGACAAAUUUCGCAUUCAGGGACUCUCGGAGGAGGAGCUGCGUCAGCUUAAUCCCGCUGUAGCGACCACAAUCGCUUCAUUAAAACGCGGGAGGAGUCUUACGCAGAUUUACUCAGACUACGUUCAGGUUGUUGAGGAGCGCGACCUGCUCAAACUUGAUAAUGGAAGGUUGACAGAGCACAUUCGUGAGAUGAUUUCGCAGUUGGAGGAGAAAGGUCCCCUGCUUCGCUCGCAACAGGAGGCCUUCUACAAGAGUAAGGAACGGAUCGCUGAAUUAGAGUCACAACUAGAGACCGCCCUGGCCAAUGCCAAAGAGCAGCAUGAGAUGGCCAAUGACCACAGCCGACGUUCAGGCUAUUACCAGCGUCAAAAUCUGCGACUUAAGCAAAGCUGCAAGGAUCUCUCCACCCAGGUUAAAACUCUGCUUUACGAACUCGAAACUGCUCGAGGGACGGUCAUUAAAUUGACCGAUCAGGGAGCCCUUGACGCAUUCCCCGAUAGCAGCACCGAUGACACGGACAGUCGUAAGCUGCUUGAGCUUUGUUCUUCGAACAAUUCGGCAGCUGCGUCGGUGAUCGACUGCAACCUGGUGACUUAUCGAAGUCUAGCUGAGUUGCAGACCCAAAAUGCGCGUCUUUUACUGGUUGCAAGGGAUUUAGCCACCCAACUGGAAGAUCACGAAUCAAAAGAGGACGUCCUGGCCAGCCGAGUGUCGGAGAUUACGGCCAAGGUAGAAGUACUUUCCGGUGAAGUACAGGUGGCUCGUUUGGCUGCCUCCGAAGCGAGAUCGGAGGCCCAGUUCGCUGCACGACAGCGCGACGCUUUCAAGGCGUUGCUUCAGAAACACGCCAUCCCCUUGCCGGAUUCUGCAAUAGCUGAAGGCUCGACGCCGUGUAAACGCGGUCCCUCUGAUGCAACGUCUAUCGAUAACGCCAGCCUCCUUGUUCACCCAGAUACAUCAGGUGUGAUUGACGUCUCAUCAGUGUCCACUUUGGAUCGGACUAAUGCAACAACAUCGGGAGGUAACGACUCCCAAUCCGCGGUCAAGCUUGAGGAGUCUCUGUGCUCCCUCCAUUCCGAACUUAAGCAGUACCGCGAGGAUAAAGCCAAAUCGGACGAGGUCUACACUGAGACAAUCGAGAAACUCCGUAAAGAAGGGAGUGAAGCCAGAAUUCUCAACCAGAAGUUGGCUGCUCAACUGGAUUUUACACACGAGAAAUUUCGAACUCUGGAGGCGAAUGUGGCCAACUACAAGGAGGAGAUAUCUAUUCUGCGCGAGAUGAACGCGCGUUACACCACCUCGGCCGCGGCAAGCGAUGAGGCCCUGACGGCACUGCGUGAACAAUCGGCCUGCACAAGCGACCGCCUGGCUGCUGCCGAAGUUGAGUGUCGCCAACUCACUCGUCAACUGGAGCACGCUCGUGCCAACGAAACCCGUCUCACCCAGGAGCUCGAAUCUGCCCAAAAAUUGGCCGUCACGCACGAACAGCUGAUGCGUCAGCUGCAGUCCAUUCAAAACAACCUGGAACACCGCGAGGAAAUGGAGAGGAUGCAGGCUAGUCGUCGGAUAGCCGCCUUGGAAACUGAACUGGCAGAUUUGCGAAAGUCAUCCGAGGAGAAGCUAGAGAAAAUGGAUGCCUUGAACAUGACGUUGCAGUCGGAGCUUUCGCACGCCAGGCAGGCACUUCGUUCCGCCGAAGAGGAAGCUUGUCAACUUCGUACUGCGAUCGCGACAUCGAAAACUGGUCCUGGUACGCCCACGUCUAGCACCGAUGGUAGCAGUCCCAACGCUCGUGCAAAGCCUUCAGAUCAGCUGGCGCAUGCAGUCGGCGAUCAGACGUCCGCGUCUGCGGAGACCUCCACCUGUCCCGAAAACCAACCCUCGCUGGCUCAAUUCCGGGAGGUCGAACGAGAAUGCUCAUUCCUCCGCGUCUCUCUCGAAGCGGUUCGCAAGCAGUUUGCAGAGUACCAGCAGUUGGGCAGUGAAAUGGAAGCCCACAUCGCCAGUCUGACGCGGGAACGCGAGGAACUGGAGCACGCCCAUGCAGCUGAGGUCGAAGACAAAAACCAACGUAUGCAUUUCUCUCUUUUCUUUUUAAUGGCUUUGUUGCGCACUCACCGGUUACCCAUUAAACACGACGCGCUUGCUCUUUCCUCCCUAGAGUGCGAACUUCUCAACAUGCAGUUGAUGUUGGAGAAGAGCGAAAGACAGGACCUGGUCCAGGCGAACGCACGUCUAACGGACGAGUCCCAGGCUGCGCUGACAAAGCUGCGGGCGGACUUGGUCGCUGCACAGGCGGCGUUGAAGGACGCAGAGGCGAGACGCGAGACCGCGCUCAAGGUGGAGGAGUCCUCGCGUUCGGAGGUCGCCUCUCACCAGCGCACCGCUCAGGAGGCGAGGGAGAAGUACGAAGUGGAACUGCGAUUGCAUUCACAGGAUGUGCAACUGUUGAUGGAGGCGCGCAAGCGUGCAGAGGAGGCGCGUUCCGAAGUCGAGGGUCUCCGAACCGCCCUGGAGACUGCCAAGGCGUGCGCAGAGCAGUCGGAGGAGCGCUCGAAGGAGCAGUUGAAGCUCUGGGAAGAGGAGCGUGCUCGUUUCACCAAGCGUAUUGCCGACGCCGACGAAGAAGUCAACCGGCUGCAAGAGCAAAUACUGAAGUUAACAGAGCAAACCGUGAACCUCCGCAAGUUGAUGGAGCGCUCAAGUGAUGAGUCAUUUCCGAGCGAAGAAUUGGGUGCUCAGAUCAAAGCAUCAGAGGACUUUACGCACGUUCUUGAGUACCUGCGUCGCCAGAAGUCAAUUGCCGAGGCAGCUGAGGAGGCUGCCAACGCGGAAGUCAGCCGUUUGCACCUGCGCGUCCACUCCCUCGAGUCACGCAUCGCCGAUCUGCAGGCGCAGCUCUCUGAGGAGCGCCGAGAAAGCGAGAUUCGAGCCGAGACCUCCAGUCAGCACGCCAGUCUGAUGAGCCAGAUUGAGCAGGUCAGUGUGCUCAGUGAGUCGAACCGUCUCCUCAGACAGGAGCGCGAAAGCAUCCGCAACGCGGCUGCCCAGGCUGAAGAACAGUUGGUCGCAUUGCGUGCUGAAAUGGAGCCUCUUCGGAUACAGUGUAAGGAAUUGGAGGAUAUGAGAGAAAUUCUCGCGGCGGAGAAGCGCUCUCUGGCGGAGGAACGUGAUCGUUGGAAGGAGAGGUGCACACGCCUUGUGGAGACGUCGAAACGAAUGGAUCCCGAGGAGUACAAACAGGCCUGCAAUGCUCGAGAUCAACUUCAAGCACGCUUGCUGGCAACCGAGGAGGCGAAGGCGAGUCUUGAGCGCGAAUCCGAGUCCCGCAUUGCCGCACUCGAGCAUCAGAUGGGCGAGCUCUCGUCGAGUCUCUCCAAACUGGAGGCCGAAAGACUGGCUUUGGCCACCAAAACUGCGUCACUAGACGAGCAAUGUCGGAAUCAGCAGGAAGAGCUCUCUAGGAAACAGGUUAAUAUCGUGAAACUCCGUGAAAUCGGACGCAAGUACCGUCAGGAGUCAGAUGAACUGCGACGUCAAUUAUCCACCACUCAAGAAAAAGAAAAGAGCAUGAAGACGGCAGAAGAGGCGAUGGUGGCACUGCGCGCCGAUCUCCUGAAUACUCAAGCGAAUCUGCAUUUGGAACAGGAGCAGUCGACUCUUCUGAGACAGGAAAUCAACCAUUUGGAACAGCUGCUUGGCCAGGCCGAGUCGUUGCCGGAGCUAGCCGCAAUUACGACCGACUCGCCGCAAUCCCUGAUCGGCGAUGACCUGCCACCGCCGCAUCAAGCCUCGGCCACCUACGAUCAUCUGAAUCGCCUUCUCUCCCUGCUGCUGGCCGAGCUGUCGCGUCUUCGAAGCCAGGCUGAAGCACAGUCGGAGCGGCUCUUGCGAAUGCAACUGAUUGAGUCACAACUCACCAAGACUAAAAGACAGUGUGUUGAAUUGAAGGCGCAGCUAGCCUCGGCAAUGGCUGUCCCCAGCGAACCGACUCCUGUCUCAACCCUCGUCACCUCCAGUGUCUCCUCUGUGGCAACUACUUCGGCAAGUUUUCUUCGCAAACCCGCGUAUUAUUCCACGAUUCAGAGGCUUCCCAUUAGUAGCGUUUUGUAUUUUUCUUGA